GCUUGGCACAUGGAAACUUCUACUCUCCAUGGGGUGGGUGGUUGAGUUAAGCUCAACCUGUUUGAGUGGGUACCUUUUGCUUCCUUAUCUUAUCCACACACCCUACAACACUUUGCUCCCACAAUCUCUAUCUGCAAUUGUGAAUGGAUUUCCUCCUAUUACAAACAAACAUCAGCAAAAAAUAAGGCAAUGGCCACUACUACAGCAACCUGUUUUCACUUACAACACAUACCAUCAUCACCAUGGGUGAACAACACCAGCAGAAUAACAACAUACAAAGCCAUGGAUGGAUCAUUAAGAGCUUCAAACCCCCAAACCCAAACAUUCAUUAAACCCGUGAAAUGUAGUAGUAGUAGUAGUAGUAGCGGAAAUGAGAUAGGCAUAGCCGAUUUCAUCGGUGGAGAUCUAUUAAAAUUCGAUUUAGGGCAAUGGCUAUCGGAUGUAGAACAACACAAAGCCCUUGCUAUUUACACCCCACACGAAGGUGGCUACGAGGGUCGUUACUUUACACGGCUUCGACACCAGGGUUACUAUUUCCUCGACCUUACUGCUCGUGGCCUUGGUGAUCCCGAAACUACACUCACUAAGAUCCAUCCUGUUUGCCCUCCUCAUGUCGGGAAGCAACCAAUAGCAAGGUGGUAUUUCCCACCGGAAGUUGAUUAUAGGCUCCAAGCUUUGCCUCCUAAUGCUAAAGGACUUAUCGUCUGGGUAAUCGAAGCCAAGGUUUUGUCCAAGUCGGAGCUACAAUUUCUUGCUUUGCUACCCACCCUCAGGCCAAAAGUGAGGGUCAUUGCCGAGUGUGGAAACUGGAGAAAGUUCAUGUGGAAACCACUCAAGGAAAUUGCAGGCCUAACUGCUGAGGAUGGAGCAUGAAUGACGAAAUUGUAAAAUAUAAUUUUUUUUAUUUAAAUUAUGUAAUUUAGUUCUUUUAGUUUUGAAACCCAAGAAAAUAAGUAAAAAUUAGUUCUUUUUGGUUCUAA